AUGCUGGUGGUUAGAGCAGAAUGGGCCAGAGUCCGUUCUGCUCUUGUCAUAACAAAAAAAAUAAACAGAUUACCCUCCGCGUCCACACUCAUGCAUUACACACACUAUUGCCAUGACGCGCAUGUCUGGCUGGUAUUCAUAGAAUAUGUAAAAUCAGAUAAACGACUAUUUGGAGUGGUGGUAGAUAGAGUUAGUUGGUACAAAAUGGAUAAUGGUAAGCCGCUUGCUUUGAUCGACGGUUACUCGUUCGUUAUGCACAGCAGAAGUACCAAAAAAGAAGUUUGGCGUUGCAGACUGCAAUCACAUAAAAGAUUUGAGUGGAUUCAAAGGGACGAUGGAAAGCAGCUCGCUCUCAUUAACGGCUACACUUUCUACAAGCACUUUAGAUCCUCGAAGAGUGAGGGGUGGCGUUGCAGUAACCAAGCUCAUAAGUCAUGCAAGGCUCGUUUUUUCCUGUCUCUCGACGAUGUAUAUUGGGUUAAAACGAAUACUGGCAAGGCGCUCGCCGUGGUUAAUAAUUAUCCUUUUGUUAUGACUAAUAGGACAGCUAGAACCGAAGUGUGGCGUUGUAGACAACAGAAACAUAAACGGUUUUCUUGGCUCACAUCGAGGACUGGCAGGCAGGUCGCCUUGAUUGAUAAUUAUCAUUUCAUCAUGACCAGUAGAUCAGCUAAACAUGAAGUGUGGCGUUGUAGACAACAACAACACAAAAAGUUUUCCUGGAUUGAAAAAGACGACGGAAAGAAGCUAGCUCUGAUCGACGGAUUCACUUUCUUCUUACGUAACAGAAGUGCUAAGAGUGAAGUGUGGCGUUGCAGUAGUCAUUCCCACUUUCGUUGUAAAGCUCGCUUUUCUAUAUCUCUCGAAGACGUUGAGUGGGUUGAAAAGGAAGAUGGAACGAAACUAGCUGUGAUCGACGGAUUUACUUUCUUUAGACAAAAGAGGAAUAUCACGACGCAGUCAGAGCUCUGGCGUUGCAGUAAAAAAAGCCGUAUGGGUUUUACUUGGGUUCGUAAGACGUGCGGGAAAGAGCUAGCUAUAGUAAAUGGUUAUACGUUUUACUUACACAAAGUGAAUUCAAAGACAAAUACCUGGAAGUGUACCAACGGCAAAUGCAAGGGCCGUUUGACUACCACUAACGAUAUGUAUCGCUCCUUGGUUAGGUCCUUUUUGACACAUACUCACCAACCGCCGCAAAUAUCUACAGGUGCAGUUAUACUGUGGCAAACAGAGGCGACAGUGGAACCAGGAGAACAUGGUUCAAGCGAUAAAAGACUUGAGGGCGAAGAAGAUGGGCCUGAAGAAGGCCGUGCAGAUAUACUCCGUGCCAAAGACAACACUAAGGAGACAAGAAUGACACCUAUUCGCAAAUUCUUAAUGGGCUAUGAUGAUGAAGUAACUAAAAAAUCCCUUUAUAUACCUUAA